AUGGAUGCGGAUGAUGGCAAUGGCUUUGGGUCGGGACAGACGGUUCCGCAGCCACCGGUGGGUAUGCAGCCAGGAGCCGGAAUGUUUCUCCAAGCGCAGCAAGCCGCGAUGAUGCAGCAGGGACUGUACAGGACGCCUGGACUGGCGCAGUUUGCUUUGGGUCAGAGCUCAAUGGGCGGAGUGCCCACUCGGCUGGUUACCCUCCUAACGGACUUGGAGGUUGUUGCGCUCCUAACGUACCUGGAGGCUGUGUUUUCCAUGGUGGCCAGAAUGGGCCAAGUCCUCCUAACGUACCUGGAGGCUGUUUUUUCCCCGGUGGCCAGAAUGGGCCAAGUUCUCCUAACGUACCUGGAGGAUGCUGAUGUUGAUAGUCUGGAGAAUGUGUCUACCCUGCAGGGGCCGCCCGAAGACCAUGAGGCUGUAGGCCAGCAGCGCCUGGCAGCCCAACUUGGUGCUCACGAGGAGCCUUCUCACACGCAGUGUGGUGCAACUGGCCAAGCAGAUAUGGCUACUAUGAUGGCACUGCUUCACUCGCAGGGCGAAGCCCUGAGAAGUUGCAUGGCUGAGGUUGCUAAUCUUGGCAGGCGGGUGGAGCAGCUGGCCCUUGGACGAGGGCAGCCUACGCAAGAAGAAUGUGCUGGUGGUAGUGUUGGCAGAAUGACCAAUGCAAGCAGUGGCUUCGGUGCCAGAGUGGCGCCACCUCAAGGACAGCAGUUUUGUGGAGCUUCUGCUCGGGCAAAGCCCGAGAAAGAGGAGCAGGACAUCUUUACGAAGUCUGAAAAGUGGCUUCCUGCACUUCCCAGCCCGCAGUUUGAUGGCUGGAAGAACCGUGAGCAGGAGAUUUUGGGCUUUAACGAGUACCUGACUACCUUGAAGGGUUGGGUUGCUCUUGGUAGUGAUACUUUUCCUAUCGAGAUUGAGCAAGCCAUUAAGUGGCCUCAUGAGAUUUUUCAAGCUACUCGCAAGCUCAGAGGAGAGUCGUACGUGGAGUUGCGAAAGGCAGCUCUGCGUUACGAGUCCCAACAGCGGAUGUUUUCGGAGAUGGGUCUCGGUGACAGGCAGGAGCGUCUUGUGAAUGAGCUAGAUGACCCCACUGGCGAGUGGUGGGAAGAUGACGAAUGGUACGAGGACGAGACUGUUAGUGCUUUGUCUGGCAAAUGCCGGCGUUGUGGCAAAGCAGGCCAUUUUGAGAAAGACUGUAAAACAGAUCUUUCGAAAACUGAGUGUUUCAAGUGUGGUGAAACAGGCCACAUAGGAGCAAGAUGCCCCAAAGCCAAGGCCAAAGCGAGGUCUCACUCUGACACAAGUAGCCAAAGCAGUAAAACUGCAGAGUCUCGAACGACUGGCAAGCCUGUUUCUGCUAAGGGAAAGGGCCGUGGAAAGAGCACUCAGGCCAAAGGCCGUGGUCGCUCAGGCAAAGGCGGCAAGAAAGGCAAGAUGCGCGAGCUCACUGAAGAUGCCGAAGGCGAAGAAGCAGCUCAGGAUGAUGGGACCUAUGAGGCUGGUGAGUAUGAAGCCGAAGAAGAAGGUACUGCGAGCAGUUUGCUCAUGAUGCCUCUCCUUCUCAACGACGAUGUUGAAGAGAAGAGUGAGUUUGGUUUGUGUCCUUUGCGUUCUCUUUGUGAUGCGUUGAUGCUGUUUCAAGUGGACACAGAUGACAGUUGGUCAUGGUGGCUGCUGGAUUCAGGCGCCUCUGUGACAGUAAUGGCCACGCAGUUUUUGAGCAAGUACUCUUUCUCCCACCUUACGGAUGCUAGUCCGGGAGGUUUCUCCGCCGCGAACGGUUCUGCUGUACAGAUGUCCAAACGCGGUCGCGCUAGAGUCGCUUUUGAAACCAAGGACUCUGUGAUGCCGUUUGACCUGAAUUGCUAUGUCGGCAAAACGCGGCACAACAUUAUCAGUGUACCUCAGUUGAUGGACAAAGGUUGGGAAAUCCACUUUGUCAGUGAUGGGUGUCACCUGAAGCAUGCGUCAGGCGUGAUUAUCUGUGACAUAACUUGGUACUGUGGGUGUCCAUGGUUGCGGGCAGUUGAGGUUGCCGAAGGCGAUCUUGAUGACACGAAAGUGUGGGAGCAGCUGAACGCACGGUUAGGCGCUUCAAAGAAGGCUUACGAGGGACCAAUACAACCGGGCGAAAUUGUCGUAAAGGGACAGCCGCCAGCGUCCUUCCUCAAGGAGCACGGGCGUACGCCAGGAUGUAAUGCCUGUUCGUACCCAACUUUUCACGGACGAGUUCACAACAAAGCUUGUAAAGAGCGGUAUCGCCUCUUUCUGCAAAAGCAGCAGGACUUGUUAAAGGAAGGUAAGGAGCAGCCUGCUAAGCAAGCUGAGCCUUCACCUGCUAUUGUUCCUAGUGUGCCAGAACCUGAGUCGCAAGACCACCAACCAGAUUGGUUGAGUAAGUUCGAUAUAGAGGUUGCUGAAGAGCCGGGUAAAACUGCGGUGCCAAGCCCUGAAAUGUUUGAUCCCGCUCCUCGUCGUUUUAAAAUAAGGACAAAGACUUCCCCUGAAGAAGUGCAUGCCAAAGGUCAAAAGAGGCCAGCUCAGGAAGAAUUGAAGGAAGACUUCGACAAUUCCGAUUAUGUGCCCUCGGACGUAGAGAGUCCAGCGUUGCCGCUUCCUAUCCCAAUACCUGAAGCUGUAGAUAGCUCAGUGUCGGGGCCGGGUACUUCUAAUGAAGAGCCGCAGAGUGUCCCAAUGGAGGUUGACAGUUUAGUCGAUGCCGCAACCAUGAUCAAUGGAUCGUUUGGGUUGACGGGUCCUGAACUUGUUAGCCCUGAUGUGUUUCACCUUUCUGGAGUUGUGUUCGACGACUCUGCCAAAGCCAAGAGUCAAACUGUGGAGUUUUGUGGUUCUAAGCUUAAAGUUUGGCAGCCUUCCUCGGCUGUGUCUGAUGUCAGUAUGGCAGAACUUAAUGGUGAUGCCACUUUUAAAGGAAUGUUGAAAGAGCUUGGUGGACUAAGUUCCUGUAAAGCUGGUAACGUCAUGAACAAAGCGCAGGCCGAAGCUUAUUGCCACAAACAUGGCAUUCAAGUGUUGGCUUCCCGCUGGGUUACUAAUGAGAAGACCGACACGGACGGCGCUGAAAUAGUGCGGUCCCGGUUAGUUGUAAAAGACUUUCGUGGCUCAAAGAGCGCGCGUUCCUUGGAGAUUUCCAGUCCUACUCCUUCGGUAGAAGCUUUAAGGACCGUUCUCGCGUAUGCAGGACGCCAUGAUUGGGAGCUAGCAUCCCUUGAUGUUUCCCAAGCCUUUAUGCAUACACCGCUCAAACACCGCAAAGCAUGUAUCAAAAUGCCUUUGUCGGUAAGUUUUCCAAAUGGAGAACCGGUGUACAUGGCUUUAUCCCAAGCCCUAAAUGGGUUGCGUCUUUCCAGUCGCACGUGGUUGGAGUACAUUACAAGCGACACUCUUGGACCGCUUGGGCUCCAUGCCUGUGAGCGUGAGCCGUGUUUGUUCAGUGGCCUUGUUGAUGGAGUGGAAUGUUUAGUGCUCCUGUACGUUGACGAUGUGCUGAUAGCAUGUCCUAGCCAAAAGGUCAUUAACAAGAUCUUUGCUGCUCUGCAGAGUAGAGUACCGACGAAGCUGACUGGUAGGAUUCUCUCCUCCAAAGGGGGUGGUGGACACCUGCGUUUCCUGGGACGAAACAUUGAGAGGAGGCCGGGCGAAGCUGCGCUUACUCUCGUUGUCGAUGCCAACUACCUAGACUCCUGCUACGACGACUAUAAGUUGUCUGGUCGCGGAGGUGGUUCAUCUGCUUUCCUGACAUCAGAGCAGCCAUGUGUUGUCGGCAGUUUAGGCGUGUUCUGGGAAAACUUGCGUGGUUCGCGCAAACGCGUGAAGACUUGCAUAUCGCGAUUUCCCUUGUUUCUGUGGGCCAAAGUGCUCCUACGGCUGCGCACGAGGAAGCCCUACGUGCUCUCCUCAGGUUUUUACGCAAAGAUGGUGAUGUGCGAGUGCACUUUCCUUCUCCUGAGCAAUGACUCAUACCAGGAAGUUUCUGUGUUUUCCGAUGCUCCUUAUGUGGAGUCAUCUGUACAGGCUGAAGCUUUGCCAAAGGGAACAGCUGGGCCCAAGCGGACGCCGAUGCUCACUUUGCAGGAUGUACAGGCCAAGUACUCGGAGCAGCAAAUCUGCCGCAUCAUUCGCUGGUAUGAGGGAGUGAAGACAACCAUUCCUGAUUUCGAGCGAUAUGGUUAG